CGCUAAAAACGUCAAAGUAGACAUUUUUUUUUAAAAGGCAACAAAGAGAUGUUUUGGGGAAUUACACCCGCAUUAGAUUUACUAGAAGAAUACGAACGAUGCGAGCGGGAUUUGCCGUCGGAGGUGAACGUAUUGAUUGUCGGGGGGGCCGAUGGACGACAUGUACUUAAGACGAUUGCUAGAAGGUAUAAACAUAAGCUGGUAAAAUUAAACUUCUACUUGAUAGAACCAUGCAUGGAAACCGUAGCAAAACAGCUUCUACUACUCCUGACAGCCCUGCAGCCUCAAAGUGCCCUGGGCCUAGAGCAAAAAACCCGAAUUUUCAUGGAACUUUACGGCAACACUUUGCUUCGCCCUUACACAUCCAAAUAUUUAACUGCUGCCUCAGAGGAUAUGGUCGAAAUGAUCACCAACUACGACUACUUACAAGAAAAAAUAAAUUUUCUCCAUAUGGACCUUAAGUACAAAGAAAGAGACUAUUUGGAGAACAUCGUCAAGUUCUGGUGCGGCAGAGGCGAGUUUAACAUCAUGGAAAUCUGGGAUAAACGGUUAAGGAAAUCCCUUGGGAUAAGGUACGACUCAAAAGAGGGCGCUUUCGACUGGGAUUUACACAUGCGAAUGCAUCCCAUCGGCGGCAAACAGGUGUGCAACCAAGAAUACAAAUCUUUCCGGCGAACUGGAGUGGCAUUCACUUGGCUAGAAUCGGAAGUUUCCAGACCGAAUAGAAGUUUGGUGUGUGCGGUUAUACCAAACGGAACCAGCUUCGCCCACUACGGAUACUUGGGGGACAUGGAGAUUGGACCUUUUGUAACUUUUGGAUUGCAGUGUGAAGAUCCAGAGUUUUUGAAGAGCACCAAUGGGAAAAAUGCUUAUAGGGCGACUGAUGUAACUGAGAGAAACCUUAAGCAAGUUUUCUAUGAGAUGGAGCAUCAAGAAGAGUAUCAGCAUACAAAGAAAAACGAGAUGGAGUUGGGCUACGCUGUUAUAAGACAAGAGAAGAUUUUAGUGGAUAUUAAACCCUCGGCAAAAUCAUCCAGAAGGCUUGAGAGCUGCUUUUCAGUAAAGAAUGUGGCCAUUACCUUUCUAUCCAUAGCAAGCUUAAGCCAAAUGGACUAUAGUGACAAAUAUGAGAAUAUGUUUGAUAUAAUUUACUUUGCUAGCAAUUGUUUGAAGUAUUAUAGCAGUAAGGUUAUUAAUAAGGUGGCCAAAAGUGAGGCUGCACUGUUACUCGUUGAACAUCAGCUUUUUGUGGUGAACCAUCGGAAAUCCGGGUUAGAGGAGUACGCGAAAUCUGUAAGGGAGAUAGUGAAAGACACCGAUAUGGAGGAAUUGGAGUUUGAGCUGGAGAAAAGUUGUUAUUUUCGUUUUAGGAGAACGUGUGUGAAGUGAUUUUCAUUUUAAAUGAAUAUCGUUUUGAAGAGGUUUUUUCUGAAUAGUUUAUUUAAAUAAAUUUUUCCUUAAUGGGUUAAA